AUGUCACCACGGAACCUUCGUUUUGCACCACGUGUUACAUUGGAUGUUGAUCCGGAAUCGACAUUUUCCAUGAUCAUGAUCGAUCCCGAUAAUCUAUCACGGAAGAAUCCAUCCGUAGCCGAAUGGCUUCAUUGGCUGGUGGUGAAUAUCCCCGCAAGCAAUAUUCAGGAAGGCAUUAAUGGAGGACAACAUCAGAUGGCGUAUGGAAGUCCUGCACCACAACCUCGAACCGAUUUACACCGCUACAUAAUUCUCCUCUAUGAACACCAAGGACGACGAAUACAGGUACCAAAAAUCAACAGCAGGGCCAAAUUCAACACGAAGCAAUUUGUUGAAAAACACAACUUAGGUGAUCCAAUUGCCGGCAACUUUUUCCUGGCGCAAAAUGAAGGUUAA